AUGAACCCAGAGAUCCUCUCUUCAAGGCCCGCCACCGAAGCCUUGAAGAAUGAAAGAAAAAAAAUGUAAAAAAGUAAAAAAAAAAUUAAAAAGGCCAAAAAAAGCCAAAAAAAAAAACAAAAGCCAAAAAAACGAAAGGCCAAAAAAAGAAAAGGAAAGAAAAAGAGCCAAAAAAUUUCAAAGGCCAAAAAAGAAAAGGCAAAAAAGAGCCAAAAAAUAAUAAUAAAGGCCAAAAAAAGAUAAAAAAAAGAGCCAAAAAAAUAAUAACAAAGGCCAAAAAAUAAAAAAAUACAUUUUUUGAAAAAAAAGAGAAAAGCCAAACAAAGGCAAAAAAGUAAAAAAAUUAAAAAAAAAAAAAAAAAAAUAAAAAAAGAAAUUGUAACUGAAAUUCAAGUAAAAAUUGUUUAGUACCCGGCGAAGUCAGCGAACACAAUCAAUUGUUCCCAGCGGAUGUCUACGAUGAGACUAUUGCCCCGGCCUGCCUCUACGCCCGAACACUCAAGUUCUUCAGCUGUUCAAAGCCCUCGGAACUCAUCCUAAGGUAAAUUUUGCCAUGGAUAACAUAAAAUUUCUGACAGGAAAGUACUUCUAUGGCGUAUGGAGUUACAGGUCGAGUCAUAUGUCAAAAAAAUCGCAAAAUCUUUCUGAUUCAGAUGUAAAAGUUAGCUGCCUAAUUUUGCUUUGUAAGGGUGAAGGAAUCCUUAGACGCUUUCACGCAACACCACGCAAAUGCCUUUUUGACAACGUUUUUACCAAAUCAAAAGCUUUGUUUUGAGCUAAACUGAACCUUGGCAUCUUGACAAACCUUAAAAUAUCAGAUUUGAUUAAUACGACACCUUUAUUAGUAGUUCCAAUAUAAAAAAAGGGCAUUUGUGUGGUGCUGCGAGAAAAGUUCUGAGGAUUUUUUCACCCUGACAAUCCAAAGUCAGGCAGCUAACUUUUACAUAUUCUGAAUCAGAAAAAUUUUACGAUCUUUUUGAUCUAUGACUCGACCUGUAACUCCACACCCCGUAGAAGUACUUUCCUCGUCAGAAAUUUCAAAACUUUUCUCCUAAUUACGGAGAAUUUUCUUGGAUGGGGAAAGAGUUGACUCAUCUUGGUCAAGUCUUCCUCUCUAGACGAAAAAUGCAAUCUUGCAUAGAUUUGGUUUGUUGCAGGAGGAGCGGGCUGUAACAAAAUGUUGGGAGCUUUUCUGAAUCAGUAUUAUAGUGUUCGGUUAAUAUUAUUGAUCUCUUGCCACGUAUAAUAUAAUUUAUCUUUGAUCCUUUCAGAAUAUUACCCAAUCUUCGCCGUGGAGACUCGCGAGUACCUUGAAAACCUCCAGAUUGAUCUUCAUCACUUCCUCGAAGAGUUCGUUGACUUUGCAUGUUACAACAAGGUGAUUUGAAGGGAAAAAUGGAAGCAGUAAGUUCCAUCAGCCAAUGUUUUCUUUUUUGCUUGGAGUACAGGCGAAGUACUCCAAGUGCGACGCUCAGAUUUUCUUAAAAUUUUGCACACACGUCGGGUAUGGACUAAAUAUCAAUUCCUGAAAGUUUUAGCUCGCGCUUUGCUGGCGCCGCCGAGAUAUCGAACGAUUUUUGCCGCCGAGAGAGCACGCUAAACGUGGAGAGCGGUCAGAGAGAAAAGCGCUUUUUGGCCAUAACUUUGGCAGUUUCGCGCGGAAAAAUUUGAUUUUUUGUAGAAACAUUAUCCUUUACAGUUGAAAUAGGCAUGAAACUUUUCGUGCCGAAAUUCGGCAAAAAGUCCUAAAUUUUCGCCGACUUUCGAUCUAAAAAUCUCGGUUGUUUGUGCUAAGCGCGAGCUAGGAUUGUCGCAAAUUAUUCUAAAUUUGUGCUAAGUUUCAUCAAAAUCUGAGCGUCGCGCUUGGAGUACUUCCCCUGUUAGUUUCGGGAUGUUAGAGUAGCUGAGCCGGCUUUCGAAUAAUUAUUCGGGACAGGUUUCAUCGUUUAUAAUGAGCUUUUACCGUUUUGUUUGGUCUUUGCGCCUUUUAAUUGCCAAAAAUACUAUGUCCUUACUAUAGAUGCGCCAUUUUUGAUACACAUUUCAUACACAGUUACACAAACAUAUGUAAUACAUGUAAUUCAUGACUAUAGGGCUCUAGUUUUGGGCAGAGAAUUUUAUGGAGCUAUAGACAGUAAACGCUUUUGGACACGUUGGCCCUUGUUGAGGGGUUUAGAGAUAUUUUUAUAGGGCUGAUGUUUUACGUUGUUUUCAGUAAUUUUUUUUUAAACUUUUCAGAGAACCUCUCUCUACAAGGUCCGCCACCGAAGGAAUAAAAGAAAAAAUGUAAAAAAAAGAAAAAAUAUAUGAAAAAGGCCAAAAAAGUAAAAAAAAGAAAAGCCAAAAAAAAUUUAAAGGCCAAAAGAAAAGAAAAAGAAAAAAAGAGCCAAAAAAACUAAAAGAAGAGCCAAAAAAACAAAGGCCAAAAAAAAAAAAAAAAAAUACUAAAGGCCAAAUGAAAAGAAAAGGCAAAAAAAAGCAAAAAAAAAAUAUUUUUCGAAAAAAGAGAAAAGCCAAAAAAGGCAGUAAAGUUAAAAAAAAAAAAAUUUGUAUCUGGAAUUCAGCGAACCCAAGGGAGUUGUUCCCAGCGGAUGUCUACGACGAGAUUAUUGCCCCGGCCUGCCUCUACGCCCGAAAACACAAGUCUUUAGCUGGCCAAAGCCCUCGGAACUCAUCCUAAGGUAAAUUUUGCCAUGGAUAAUAUAAAAUUUUUGAAAAUUUUUAAAACUUUUCUCGUAAUUACACCUGUAGUCAUUCCACAGAUUAUUUGAAAGACUUACUGAUCGCUUUAUUUCAGACCCAAGGAUGACAGAUGA